AUGAAAUACCUUCUUUUCUUUCUCCUGUCGUCUCUCUUGUUUCUGAGCAAGGCGGUUGUGGCACUCAAACAAUCCAAACCCGCGGAGACGCUCUACUUUUACCAAGCCUAUCUGGUCGAAUUCAAGGCAAGGGAUUCCAAACGGCGAACAAUUGCAAAAACAUGCUCAAAGACUGAUACUCCCUGCACAUACCCAGAAUUUCUGAAGCAUAUUUUGGCCCGAGACUCAUCGAACAAAAUUUUCAAAGACGCAGAUUUCAAAGCAAUCAGAACAAUCAUCGAGACAGCCGAUACGACCGAUGUCAUAACCAUAUCUCGGAGACUAAGGGAGAAGAAUUUUGACCCUACAUACGAUCUCUCCAAACUUCUCGAGGGCACAAGCAAAUCAUCAAAAUUUGGUCCUGUGUUCGAAAAGAUAGAUGGGCUGAUCAGCUAUCAGCUAGCUUCUGACAAGGUCGCGGAGCACAGAAAGCCUAUGGCAGACGCGCUAAAUCUCAUUCAGCAACACCGCAUCGCCAACAACAUGAAAUAUUUUAUCGCGGAGCUCGGGAAAGAGUUAAAUGUCGACUUGGCACCUCGGAUUCCGAAUCCGAAAACCCCUGAUGGUCUCUCGUAUAAAGCCUACAGUACAGAAGCCACAGUCAAGAAACUGAAAGAUUCGGUGAAAGAUGAGGCCGAUCCAGAGGAGAAGGCAAAGGUCGAGGCGAAAGCUGACGGUCUGGCAGCCGAGAUGCAGAAGCUCGUUAUAAAGAUGCGUUCGCCAAAAUAUAAAGAGGAAGUUAAGAAUGAUGACGAUCUGGAUACAUUCAAGAGGCAUCAGGCUGUGAUUGCCCGAGCGAAGGACACCUUGAAACUAUUGGAAAAAAUAGAAAAGCGUGGAAAAUGCUGA